AUGAAUACCAUCCUCUCCAUCGCUCUGGUCGCACUUCUGUGCUGCUCCGCCCUUGCUAGUAACUAUGGUUACAAUGGGUACGGACACGGCAAUGGUUACGGACACGUCAAUGGCUACAACAGAUAUCCAGCAUACCGAGGAUACGGCUACAACAGUCACCCUGGCUACGGUUACGGCCACGCUGGUUACGGCUACAACAGUCACCCAGGUUACGGUUACAAUGGUUACGGUUACAACACCUACCCCAAAUACUACAACAGAGGACACCCCAGCUACGGAUACAACAACAAAGUUUACGGUUACGGAUACCACUAA